AAUUGCUUUAGCAGGGCCUUUGAGUAAAGUAUUUGAGGAAGCUAAGGCUCACACAUUAUCAAUAAGGAAUCAUCAGGCACCAUCAUCUUAGAAGUCAUAAAAAUAUAACUUCCAGGAGGUUACUGUAUGUCUAGAUUUUGCAUAAUCUUAUAGGAGCCUACUCUGAAAGGGAUAGAAGUGGCAGAUAUCACUCAACUCAAUUCAGGUAUCUCUCUGUCUCACACUGCAUUCAACCCUCAUUAUGUCUCGUUUUCUGACUGACUGCUGAAAGCCUUUAUCACACAAUGCCUCUGUCUGAGACCCUUCCUGUGUGUGUCUGUCCUUGGAGGUAGACUCUGUUAAUGAAGAGAUCAUAGUUUUCUUUAUCAUCAGGCCCUUCAGCUCACACACACAGAGCAGCAAUUAGACCUCUAUCACUCGUCUUCUGUAAUCAGCCCACAGCAGCCAGGCUUAAUGUUAUCUAUUAAUGCUUCCUCUCUCCCUGUGUAAUGACCAGUGGAGGCUGCUGAGGGGAGGACGGCUCAUAAUAAUUUCUGGAACGGAGCAAAUUGAAUGGCGUUAAACACAAGGAAACCAUGUGUCUGAUGUUUUUUAUACCAUUCCACUUAUUCCGCUCCAGCCAUUACCACGAGCCCAUCCUCCCUAAUUAAGGUGCCACCAACCUCCUGUGGUAAUGACCUACAGUGAUAUGAUCUGUGGCUGAAAGGGCUUUGCGUCAGGUGCUACCUGCUGCUCAGGACACUAAUAUUUGAUAUUUAACAAGCCCAUUAGUUAACAAAACACCUUUUCUGAUUUUCCCACCUCUGAAUUGUCACUCAUAUUACAGGUACAUCUGAGACAAGACACACCUUAUUCAGUCUCCAUUUAAUAUGGAUGGCUCUGAAUUGAAUUACAGAUUUUGGGAAAUGAGCUUUAUUCACAUGCAUUUCGAGGUUGUGGCUAUUUCUCUGGGCCAGCCAUUUGAUAAUCAGUUUUACAAAUUCAUGUGAUUUUCCUCAUCCCCUCAUCUGGAGCUGGGAAUCCUGUAACUUGUCAAUGAUGCAGGGCUUUGAACCCACAUCCUUUUAACGGGCUGCACUCUGCGCACACACCCAAUCCUGGCGACCUCAGCGUAAUAGAAUAUGGACCUGUGAGCCAACACUGUAGUAUUCACCCUACUUGUGUUACUAUCACACUACUAAUAGACCUCUCUGUCUGUCUCCCCUGGAGGACUGUUCGGCGGGCGGACCAUUAGUGCAGUACACAAGGCCAACCACAGGCUUCAUGUAUCAUAUGUUGCUCUACUUGUGUAGAUAUGCACACGAAACAUGACUGGCGUAAUGUCAAAUGAUCUGAAGCUAAUUUGUAUACUAAGAUCAAUCAAAUAGUCUCUGUUUGUGCAAACAAUCUUAAAGGGAAAUUACACCACUUUUCAACCUCGUUUUCAUUAUCUCCAGCACAAUGACCAGUGUCUACAUAAAUGUGCAUGCAAUAUAUUUUCAAUCCAUUGCAUAAACCAUUAUUUCUUGCUGAUACUGUCCCUAAAUUACACCCUGUACUUGUAAACAACAUUGUAUCACUGUUUUGAUGUUUUUUAAUGAAAAUACUGCCAUGCUUGAUUGCUAUAUGGUCUACUAUAUUAAUUCUCUCAGUAUUACUUUGGUGCAGACUGCAGUAUAGUCCUUUAUAUAAUCCAUCAUCUCCUCUCUGCAGAGGCAGGGUCAGAGCCAGAGACAGGGUCAGAGCCAGAGACAGGGUCAGAGACAGGGUCAGAGCCAGAGACAGGGUCAGAGCCAGAACGAGGGUCAGAGACAGGGUCAGAGGCACGGUCAGAGCCAGAGACAGGGUCAGAGCCAGAACGAGGGUCAGAGACAGGGUCAGAGGCAGAGACUGGUUCAGAGACUGGUUCAGAGACUGGUUCAGAGACUGGUUCAGAGACUGGGUCAGAGACUGGACAGAUGCAGAGACAGGGGCAGAGACUGGGUCAGAGACAGGGCCAGAGACAGGGUCAGAGCCAGAGACAGGGUCAGAGCCAGAACGAGGGUCAGAGACAGGGUCAGAGGCAGAGACUGGUUCAGAGACUGGUUCAGAGACUGGUUCAGAGACUGGGUCAGAGACUGGGUCAGAGACUGGACAGAGGCAGAGACAGGGGCAGAGACUGGGUCAGAGACAGGGUCAGAGGCAGAGACUGGUUCAGAGACUGGGUCAGAGACAGGGUCAGAGGCAGAGACUGGUUCAGAGACUGGGUCAGAGACUGGACAGGGUCAGAGACAGGGUCAGAGCCUGAGACAGGGUCAGAGCCAGUGUCAGAGACAGGGUCAGAGGCAGAGACUGGUUCAGAGACUGGGUCAGAGACUGGACAGAGGCAGAGACAGGGGCAGAGAUAGAGGAUGGUGAAGGAAUGAUCACACUCUUAAACCUCCUCCUUCCUGCUGUCACACUAUAACCUGAACUCUACAACCUCGAGAGAAAAAAAUCUGAUGCUGAUUAAACAUGGCCACGGCACCAACCCCAGAUUCCAUUCUGUCUCCAUCUUUACUAUACCAGCUCAGCAAUGUCCAUAGUGUGCAAUUUGACAACAAAGUUAUAACUCUUCUUAAGUAUCAGACAGCCUCUUCGUAGAUCCUCUAGUCCACAUAUGUCAGAGUCAAGGCCCGCGGGCCACAUCCGGCCCGCGAGAAGGUUUUUUACGGCCCCUGGGAUGAUCUUGAUUUAUUAUUAGAACCGGCCCGCAGACCGCAGCAAGCCGGCAGCCCGCAGAUCUUUUACACGCACCAAUACUACAUUUCCCACAAUGCAACGGUGACGCACCGAGCAGUAGGCUGCUUCAUUUCAAUAUUUAUUGGCACAGCAGUCGUCAGCAUCACAGUAAAAUUAACUUUCAGAUACCCAUCAAAAAUGGCAAAACGGAAGGUGGACACUGAGAACCGGGGGUUUCAAACAAGGUGGGAGUCGGAGUAUAUGUUCACGGAGGUAGCUGGAAAACCUGUGUGUCUUCUGUGUGGAGAAAGUGUGGCGGUACUGAAAGAGUAUAAUCUGAGACGACAUUAUGAAACGAAACACGCGGACAAAAACAAGAAUAUGGACAUGGAACAAAGGCUACAAAAGGCAGAGGAAUUAAAACGAGGCCUCAAAUCUCGACAGGCUCUGUUCAAAAAAGCCAAAUCACAAGGCCAGGCUGCUGUCAAGGCCAGUUUUAUUUUGGCAGAAGAGAUCGCUAAAUCAGCCCGGCCAUUUACGGAGGGGGAUUUCAUCAAAAACUGCAUGAUUAAAGUUUGUGACGAAGUUUGCCCAGAAAAAAGGCAACUCUUUUUAAAUGUGAGUCUGAGCAGAAACACCAUUGCCGAGAGAGUAGACCAGUUGUCCAUCAAUCUAAAAGAGCAGCUUGUGAAAAAGGGAAAAGAUUUCAUUGCAUAUUCCUUGGCUGUGGAUGAGAGCACCGACAUUUCUGACAUUGCCCAGUUGUCAAUUUUCAUCCGCGGAGUGGACUCCAGCCUAAGCGUGACAGAGGAGUUUUUGGCUUUACGUCCUAUGCAUGGCACAACUACGGGGCAUGAUUUGUAUGAAGAGGUGUCAAGAUGUGUAAAUGAGAUGGAGCUGCCUUGGGAAAAACUCGUGGGUUUGACAACCGACGGAGCACCUGCGAUGUGUGGACACAGGAGCGGACUGGUGGCGAAGAUACGGGAAAAGAUGCAAGAGGAAAACGCGACAGGUGAGCUGACAGCUUAUCAUUGUAUCAUACACCAGGAAGCGUUGUGCGGUAAAGCCUUGAAAAUGGAGCAUGUAAUGAGCAUCAUCACGCGCACAGUUAACUUUAUCAGAGCCAAAGGUUUGAAUCACCGCCAGUUCAAGGCAUUUCUGACGGAGUUAGAAACGGAGCAUGGUGAUUUGCCUUAUCACACAGAGGUGCGAUGGCUAAGCCAGGGAAAGGUGCUUCAAAGAUGUUUCGAGCUUCGUGAGGAGAUUUGUCUGUUCUUGGACAGCAAAGGGAAAGACACAACACAACUCCGAGACGAAAUGUUUCUGUGUGAAAUGGCUUUUCUGUGUGACAUUACGAGUCAUCUGAAUGCAAUGAACUUGCAGCUGCAGGGUCGGGAUCAUGUCAUCUCUGAUAUGUACAGUACAGUGAAGGCAUUUAAAACCAAACUGACUCUGUGGGAGACGCAGAUGCGGAAAGAAAAUUUGAGCCACUUUCCCAGCUGCCAGACCAUGAAAGAGAAGCUCUCUACCAGUGCGUUCCCGAGCGCACAGUUGGCUGAUAAAAUAGGUAUGCUUGCCGCUGACUUUCGACGCCGAUUUGCUGACUUUGAAGCACAAAAAAGCAGGUUGGAACUGCUCGGUAACCCAUUUGCUGUUGACGUGGAAAGCUCACCACCAAACCUCCAAAUGGAGUUGAUUGACCUCCAAUGCAAUGAUGCACUGAGGGCAAAAUAUGCGGCAGUGGGUGCUGCGGAGUUCGCCCGUUUCCUCCCCGACACAAUGCCCCAGCUGCGCAUCCAGGCUGCUCAAACGUUGUCUAUGUUUGGCAGCACAUACCUGUGUGAACAACUGUUUUCUUUGAUGAACCUGAACAAAACAUCACACAGAAGUCGACUUACUGCUGAACACCUCCACUCAAUUCUGAGGAUUUCCUCAGCUCAGAGCCUUACCCCGAACAUUGAUGAACUUGUGGAAAAGAUGGGACACCACCAAGUAUCACCCUCAACCUCAAACAAGUGAACAUUACUGUGCAAUCACAUAUUUAGAGUUUUUACUCAGUUCAAGUUUAA